ACACACAUACACACCAAAAAAAAAAAAAAAAGCUUUUUAAAAAAAACAAAACACAGAAUAGAAAAUAUAAAGUUGAUAGCUUUACUGUAUAAAAUUAACCAAAACAGUUCGUUGUUCUAAAGGAAAAAAAAAGAAAGUUUAGAUUUUUCUCUGUUUCUGUCUUCUCUCUCUCUCUCUCUGUUUCGUUCGUACUAUACAAGUGGAAACAAUGGAGGUUGGUUCAAGUAAGGAUCCGAGAGUUUAAACGGGUCAAAGGAAAAACCCGGAUGGACGAGGCGGCACGACUAGUGGGUGACUACGAACUUGGCCCGAAACUGGGGUCCGGUUCCUUCGCUGUGGUGUGGCUAGCGAAGCAUCGAUCGUCUGGUUUAGAAGUCGCUGUCAAGGAGAUUGAUAAGAAGAAGCUUAGCCCUAAAGUCAGAGACAAUCUCCUCAAGGAGAUUUCGAUUCUCAGCACCAUCCAUCAUCCCAACAUCAUCCGCUUCUACGAAGCUAUCGAGACUGGAGAUAGGAUCUUCCUUGUGUUGGAGUACUGUAGUGGAGGUGAUCUUGCUGAGUAUAUUAAUCUCCAUGGCAAAGUCUCUGAACCUGUUGCUAAGCAUUUUAUGAGGCAAUUGGCUUUAGGUUUGCAAGUACUUCAAGAGAAGCAUUGUAUCCACCGAGAUUUAAAGCCUCAGAAUUUACUUUUAUCCUCCAAGGAAGUAACUCCGUUGCUAAAGAUAGGUGAUUUUGGGUUUGCAAGGUCUUUAACACCAGAGAGCAUGGCGGAAACAUUUUGCGGUUCUCCAUUGUAUAUGGCUCCAGAGAUUAUCCGGAACCAAAAGUAUGAUGCUAAGGCUGACUUAUGGAGUGCUGGUGCAAUUUUGUUCCAACUUGUUACUGGGAAGCCACCUUUUGAUGGGACUAAUCACAUCCAGCUUUUUCAAAAUAUUGUGAGAGAUACUGAGUUGAAGUUUCCUCGAGAUGGUUUGAAUGAGAUUCAUCCUGAUUGUGUUGAUCUCUGCAGAAGUCUUCUACGCCGAGACCCAAUUGAGCGAUUGACGUUCAGAGAGUUCUUCAGCCACAGGUUCCUUCAAGAGCCAAGACAAAUGCCUGGUGUUGCACAUUCUGAUGAUUCUACUAGCUCUUCCGCACAACCUAGUGGUGGUAUAAACAGAUCCAAAUCAAGUUCAGAGAAUGUCUACAAACACGCGAGUUCCUCCUCUAGUGCCUCAACUUCUAACAUGUUGAUGCAACAUGAUGUCUCUUGUGACAAGACUAGGAAAGACAAUGAGGGACAGUGUUCAUCAAACCCACUCGGAGUACUUGACUCGCUUGAGCUCAUAGAGAGGGAGUACGUACUUGUCAACCGUCCUUCAGAAGGUUCAUCAGAUUGUUUCGACACAUCACUUCACAAAGCUUCAUCGAGCUCACUCGAAGCACAGAGACCAUUACCAGCAAGCGGUGGAUCGCACCUGUUAACAGAAGUCCAACGGUUAACUAUCGUUCACCCUCCAAUGAAGCUCCAACUUUUGCAUCAGUAUGCAGAAGCACUUACACAAGUAGCUCGUGAGAUGGACAAUGCAGGACAGGUGAAGGAAUCUUUUGCUGUUACGCUCGUUGUUUUAGCUGCGUGGAGGAAAGCUUUAGAGAUAUGCGAUUCUUGGAUGGUGUCCGUUGGAGAGGAUAGAGUGAACACCGCAGCUCCAGGGACUUCGAAUCCUGAUUUAAAUUCACCAGCAGUAGCUAAAACUUGGGUGACACAAGAGUUUGUUACCGCGUUUAACCAGGCUGAGACUUCAUCAGCUCGAUUAAACGAAACAAGCGCUGCUACUCAUAUGCCUGAUGCCAUGGAGACAAUAUACGACAAGGCACUAGCGUACGGCAAGAGUGGUGGGGCGGAAGAAUAUUUGAAUAACAAGGAAAGUGCAGCAAGAUUAUACAAGAAAGCAAUUCUUCUACUCUCCUUUAUAAUAGAGGAAGCAGUGACUCUUCCUCUAAACCCUCCUUUCUCAUUAACCCCUGACGACAAGAAGAGGAUUCUCUACUACAUCUCUAACUUGCAGCAUCGUCGGUCUCAUCUUUAGCGAAAAAUCGACUGCUACAUUGUACAGAAAAAGAAAAAAAAAACUUUCUAAGCUUGGCUCUGCCUUGAAGUCAAGUUUGUAAAAUUUGGUGUUUUCUUAUCUCUUAAAGUUACAAAACGAUUGCUCUAUAUUUUAUGAUGAUGUGAUCAAAAGUAUUUGCUUC